GUUAACUCAAACCCAAAUUACUAUAAGUCUAAAUAAAUAACCUAGAAUCAAGUUAAAUUCAAAGAUUUGUCCGACAAGAAAACAAAUCUAUUUGACCAUCUUUCUAUUAUUUUGCUUUGUACUUCAAAAUCCCAGCACAUCCCCAAAAUAGGUAAGAGUACAACAUCAAAUCUGCCACAUCCCUUGAUUUUAGGCGAAAAUAACGCAAUCCAACAUGUUCAACACACGUUUCCCGUUUGCCCACCUUGGACAGCCACCAACAACCACCAUUGCAACUCGUAUUCCAGUCCCCAGGGAUGGAACUAGGAAAAGCGACCUCUUUUUUCUUACACCCUAAUUUUAGUUUUUUUUCCUUUCUUUUUCUUUUCGUACGGAUUUAGGAUAGUUUCUUAAGCCUUAUUUGGCAUAGUAAUUUGAAAGUAAUGAUUAGUAGUCUUGUCUAAAUUAUUAAGGAUAGAUGUUUGAUGAAUUUGUUUAUUUUGAAACAGUUAGAAAUAAGGUAUUUAGUGAAAAUUUUUGGUUUGGAAUUGGCAAAGAAGGCAAAUCAGCCCCUGUAUUGGGUAAAAUGUGGCAAAUUAGCCCUUCAACUAAAAACAAACGCAAAUUAACCUUUCCACUUGUUGUAUGGUUGCAAAUAAGUCUUUUUCGUAUGGCUUACCUUAGACAAUCGUUAAUUUAUAACGGAAAGGUUCUUCUGAUGGGGUCCAUUGCUUACACGACAAUGAGGUGGCCAUUUUUAUCCCACAUCAACUUUGAGUUGGCACCAAAUUGGUAAUUUACAUUAGGGUUUUUCCCUUAUGGUAUAUUUAUUGUAUAUUUUCAUUACUAACUUAUAUAAAACAUUACAAAAAUAAAUUUUAUUUUCAAUA